UCUUAUACGUUACAUUAGCUCAAGAUACAUAAAAUGAUACAAACUAUGCAAUUUUUUACAAAAAAGUAAUUAUUGUCAAGUUUCUCCAGAGCUUCUAAACAUUAUAACGUGAUGAGAGAGUUCGCUAAAAAAAAGAGUUCGACGUAAAAAAAAUGCGGGCUCAAACUACAUUACUUCUAGAAAUUGCGUUUAAAGAGCUUUGAGAAAAACCAGCUUUAAAUGCAGAUGCUGUUAUGGAUAUUAUGUCUGGAAGAUUUUCUGGAAUUACCAAUAACAACACGGGUCCACUCACAAAUGAUGCAAAUGAUUUCAACGUAGAGGCUAAUCGAGUACGGACAUACGUUCAUUGGCCGAAUUCAUAUGUCCAACCUGCGGAGCUCGCUAAAUGGGGAUUCGUAUACACAGGCCAUGCAGAUUCCGUAAUAUGCACCUUUUGUAGGAUAGAACUGGGAUAUUGGGAACGAUCCGACAGGCCGCGUGAUGAACAUAUUCGCUGGUCACGACAGUGUCCAUUGCUCACUGGACAAUCAGAUAACGUGCCACUUGAGCAGAAUUUUUUAGAACAGCUUCCAGCACUCGAACCUAUUGUUUCUGAUGUAGUUGGCUUCGACUUGGAUCCUGUUGCAAGCAGAAUUGAUCCAGAAGUUGAAUAUGUAUCGACUGCCUUAGAUCAGGAAGGCAAUGACGAUGAUGAUGAGGUGCCGCACGAAAAAGUUUGCAAGAUUUGCCUGGUAAAGCCCUUUUCAACUGUGUUCUUGCCUUGUGGUCAUGUAGCAGCAUGUGGUAAGUGUGCGGCAUCUGUUAACAAGUGUCCAAUCUGCAAUACCAGAUUAUCCAAUGUUAAGAGAAUAUACUUUACCUGAUUUUGUUACGAGAUUUCGAUUAAUGUUAGACGUUAUGUUAUGAUGUUAGAUCAAUUCGAACCUAAUUCUAUUCCAUCCAAUCUGUUCAAAAUUCUUCCCUAUUCCAAACCGAACGUGAGCGUAAGUUAGAAAUAUUAUUUCUAAACUAUUUCGUGUAUAUAUAUAGCACAUACUUAUUGCUAAUUGUAAAAAGGUCAUAAGGUAAAAUAUAAUUGUUUGUAUUAUAUUUGUUGCAAUUUUAAUCUAAUUUUAAU